GUGAUUAGUAUUAUCUCGCGAUAAUUAUGGGUUUAAUGGGAGCUCUGGGUGACCGUACGAUGGUGGUGGAGUUUGAAGGCACGCUUCUUAAAGCUGCUGAUCCCUUCCCGUACUUUAUGCUCCUCGCCAUCGAGUCCGACUCGUUGGGUUUGGUCCGCUUCGCUUUGCUUCUCCUGGUGUGGCCGGUUCUCAAAUUGCUGGAUCAGAUGGGCCGGGCCGGAUUGGGCCUGCGAGUGAUGGUAUAUGUGGCUGUUGCUGGGGUGAAGGAGGCGGAGGUGGAGGCGGUGGCGCGAGCGGUGCUGCCCAAGUUUUUCAUGGACGAGGUGGACGUGGCGGCUUGGCGGGCGUUCCGAUCAGACGGGAGGAAGCUGGUGGUUGUGACGCGGUGGCCGCGGGUGAUGGUGGAGUGGUUCGCGAAGGAGCAUUUGUACGUGGACGCAGUGGUGGGGAGGGAGAUUGAGGUGAACCGAUUCGGGUUCGCCUCCGGUUUAAUCGAGGAGGAGGAGGCGGCGGAGGUGUUGGAGAAAUGGGCGGCAGUGUUUGGUGGUAAACCGGUAGAGUCGGUCCGCUCUUGCAUUUCCCUACCGUCGCCGAAUUUGACCGAUCUAGGCGAACCGAACCGCCCUCGGCCGGUGAUAUUCCACGACGGCCGGCUCGUCUUCCGGCCGACGCCGCUAGCGUCCCUGCUCAUCCUCCUCUGGUUCCCCCUCGGCUUCGCGCUCGCCGUCCUACGCAUCGCCUUCGGCCUCCUCGUACCCUUCCGGUGGAUGCGCUUCGUCGCGCCUCUCCUCGGCAGCAAGCUCAUCGUCCGCGGCCGUCCCCCGCCGCCUCCGAUUGCCGCCACCAGCGGCGUCCUCUUUGUUUGCACCCACCGCACCCUCAUGGACCCGGUAAUCCUAUCGGCCGUCCUUGGCCGUCGCGUCCCCGCAGUCACCUACUCCAUCUCCCGCCUAACCGAGCUCCUCUCGCCGAUCCCCACCGUCCGGCUCACCCGCGACCGGACCGUCGACGGCUCCCGCAUCAGCGCUGCGCUCGCUCACGGCGACCUCGCAGUGUGCCCAGAGGGGACCACUUGCCGGGAGCCCUUCCUGCUCCGCUUCAGUGCUCUGUUCGCGGAGCUCACGGACCGGAUCCAGCCGGUGGCGAUGAACCACCGGGUGGGGGUGUUCCACGCGACGACGGCGCGGGGGUGGAAGGCAAUGGACCCGGUCUACUUCUUCAUGAAUCCAAGGCCGGUGUACGAGGUCACCUUCCUGGGGCAGUUGCCGGCGGAGGCCACGUGCUGCGCCGGCGGGAGGAGUGCCUGCGACGUGGCCAACCACGUGCAGAGGAUGCUGGCGGCGGCGCUGGGAUUCGAGUGCACCAACUUCACGAGGAGAGACAAGUACCACGUGCUCGCAGGCAACGACGGCGACGCCUGAAAUUCCAAAUCGCCGGCGACAUGGCCGUGGCUGCACGGUUGAAACAAAGGAGCGGCUGCUAUUUCUACUACAUUAGUAUAAGAUUUGGUUUCACUUUAAAGGAUUAAUUAUUGUUUAAUUGUGUGAUGAAUAUUGGAGUGAUUUUGAUUGAUAAAGUAGUUUUCACUCAUUUAAUAUGUAUCUAAACUCG